AACGCACCGCGCUACUCCCCGAGCCCGCCUCACACUCCACUCCACAGCAGCAGCAGCAGAGGAAGAGGAAGAGGAGGAGAAACGGAGAAUGGAGAGCGUUAGCAGUGACUCGUUGGAUUCGCCGGUGGCGCGACGGUCGGGGUCGGACGAGGAGAUCUCCUACACGACGGUGUUGUCGGCGCCGCCGAAGCGGCGGGCGGGGCGCACCAAGUUCCGGGAGACGCGGCAUCCGGUGUACAAGGGCGUGCGGCGCCGCAACGGGGACAAGUGGGUGUGCGAGGUGCGGGAGCCCAACAAGAAGUCGAGGAUCUGGCUGGGCACCUUCCCCACCGCCGAGAUGGCCGCCCGCGCCCACGACGUGGCCGCCAUGGCCCUCCGGGGCCGCUCCGCCUGCCUCAACUUCGCCGACUCCGCGUGGCUCCUCCCCGUCCCGGAGUCCUCCAGCCCCGUCGACAUCCGCAAGGCGGCCGCACGCGCGGCCGAGGCAUUCCAGCCCCAGCCGGAGUCCGACAACGUCCCCGAGCAAAUGGAGGAUCACGUGAUGGCAAUGGAGACAGUCGACGACCCGUUCUUCAUGGAGGACGGGCUCAACUUCGGCAUGCAGGGAUACCUGGACAUGGCACAAGGGUUGUUGAUCGAUCCACCGCCACCGCCGGCGAUGAAUGAGGAGGACGAGAUGGACGGGGAUGUGAUACUGUGGAGCCAUUCCGCCUGAAGAUACCGUAAUCACCACCUGUACAAUGUAGGUUAAGAGUGCUCGUUGGCCGGAAGCGGUGGCCAAUUCAGUGCCUCUACUCCUCCUGCAUCAGUUUGGUGGGAAAUGGAGUGUUCUAUAAAUAAGACCAUUCCGAAAUCUCCCUCUCUAUAUAAAUAUGAGAAGCAGAAUUCGGGUAGUAAAGCUUUGAAAUGGAGGGAAACAGAGGGGAAGAGUUCAAAACAAUCUAUGCUUUUAGAACAGUAUAAUCUGUGUUUUGUCUUCUAAUUUGGGGGAGAAGCUAAUGCUAAUAUGCAGCGGACCGGAUGCACUUCUCAGUA